ACCUCCUUUUUCAACAAAACAAAGACCCCAUCGACCAAAUCCGCUCCUCUUUCUUUCCAAUUCCACCCCAAGGUUUGGCAAGCCGCCGUAUCUCUGUGGCACGUUGAAGUUUUGUUAAUUUUACUCCUAAGAUUAGUCUACUGGUUGAUUUUGAUGCUUUGUUUCAAAGCUCGCCCUCUCUUUUCCUCUCCAUUUCCCCUUACGUAUUCGUCUGCCAAAUACCUCAAAAGACGCCUCACCUUCUCCACCAAAACUUCAAUAUCCUCGAUCACAAUGUCCAUCAUUGAGCAUGUGGUUCUUUUCAAGGUCAAAGAUGACACCGAGCAGGCGAAGGUCAAUGCAAUGGUCAAUGGCCUCAACAGCUUGGUCUCGCUCGAUCCUGUCCUCCACAUUACUGCUGGUCCAGUCCUACGCACCAGAUCUCCGAUCUCCAAUUUCACCCACAUGCUCCAUAGCCGGUACAAGUCCAAAGAGGAUUUGAGCGCUUAUUCUGCGCAUCCAGAUCACCUGCGUGUGGUCAAGGAAAAUGUCCUCCCCAUCUGUGAUGAUGUCAUGGCUGUUGAUUGGGUUGCUGAUAAUGAUCCUGCUCCACUGUCCCCACUGCCUAGUUCUGCCAUCAAAUUAACCUUUAUGAAACUAAAAGAAAAUGUUCCCAGUGAAGCGCAAGGUGAGAUUUUAGGGGUAAUUAAAGGGAUUAAGGAGGGAAUCUCUGGUAUUCAACAGAUCACCUGCGGGGAAAAUUUCUCGCCUGCAAGGGCUAAGGGCUUUUCGCUUGCCUCGAUUGCUGUUUUUACUGGAGUAGAGGAAAUGGAGGCAGCAGAGGGGAAUGAAGAGUUUGUCAACUUACAGAAGCAGAAGGUUAGGGAUUAUUUGGAUGGUGUUAUUGUUGUUGAUUAUGUGGUGCCAUCAUCAUCAUCAUCUUCAAGUCUUUGAAAGAUUAUUAAGUGCAAAAAUACUGCAUGGAAAAUCUUGUUUCUUGUUUAAUGGAAGCUUUUGGAACAACAUUCAACAUUGAAUAAUUAUGAGACGGAUUUAGCUUGGAUGCAACAUUAAGUACAUGUAUCUUGAAGGCA